CGGCGAGCGGCAGGUAGCAUCGUCCUCAACUUGCACGCUUGCAGAGUGACCCCCGACAUUCGACUAAAAUGAGCGUGCUCGGCAAGAAGAGAUGUGAUCCUGACGCUCGAAAUUACCCCGUCACAUGUAGUGGUGUUCCAAUUAAUGGAUUCUGACAUGGAUUAUGAAAGGCCAAACGUAGAGACUAUCAAGUGCGUUGUGGUGGGGGACAACGCUGUGGGCAAGACCAGGCUCAUCUGUGCCCGGGCCUGCAAUGCCACCCUCACCCAGUACCAGCUGCUCGCCACCCAUGUACCCACAGUGUGGGCCAUUGACCAGUAUCGGGUGUGCCAGGAGGUACUGGAACGAUCUCGAGAUGUGGUAGAUGAUGUCAGUGUCUCCCUCCGCCUCUGGGACACCUUUGGAGACCACCACAAGGAUCGUCGCUUUGCUUAUGGGAGAUCGGAUGUGGUGGUUCUGUGCUUCUCCAUCGCCAACCCCAAUUCUCUCCACCAUGUCAAGACCAUGUGGUACCCAGAAAUAAAGCACUUCUGCCCCCGAGCACCUGUUAUCCUGGUAGGCUGCCAGCUGGACCUGCGCUACGCCGACCUGGAAGCUGUCAAUAGGGCCAGGAGACCUUUGGCUAGGCCCAUCAAGCCGAAUGAAAUACUACCUCCCGAGAAAGGUCGGGAGGUGGCCAAGGAGUUGGGCAUCCCCUACUAUGAGACCAGCGUGGUGGCUCAGUUUGGCAUCAAGGACGUCUUUGACAAUGCCAUCCGGGCGGCGCUCAUCUCUCGCCGGCACCUGCAGUUCUGGAAGUCUCACCUCCGUAACGUGCAGCGGCCUCUGCUGCAGGCACCCUUCCUUCCCCCCAAGCCUCCUCCUCCCAUCAUUGUGGUGCCCGAUCCCCCGUCCAGCAGUGAGGAGUGCCCCGCCCACCUCCUGGAGGACCCGCUGUGCGCGGAUGUCAUCCUGGUGCUGCAGGAGCGGGUGCGCAUCUUUGCCCAUAAGAUCUACCUCUCCACCUCCUCCUCUAAAUUCUACGAUCUGUUCCUCAUGGACCUGAGUGAGGGGGAGCUGGGAGGCCCUUCGGGGCCAGGGGGGCCCUGCCCAGAGGACCAUCGGGGUCACCCUGAUCACCACCACCAUCACCAUCACCACCAUGGGCGGGACUUUCUGCUUCGGGCCGCCAGCUUUGAUGUGUGUGAGAGCGUGGAUGAGGGCGGGGGCUCUGGACCUGCUGGGCUCCGGGCCUCAACCAGUGAUGGCAUCUUACGGGGCAAUGGAACAGGCUACCUGCCAGGCCGAGGCCGAGUGCUGUCUUCCUGGAGCCGAGCUUUUGUGAGCAUCCAGGAGGAGAUGGCAGAAGAUCCUUUGACCUACAAGUCCCGGCUGAUGGUGGUGGUUAAAAUGGACAACUCCAUCCAACCAGGGCCAUUCCGGGCUGUUCUUAAGUACCUGUACACGGGGGAACUGGACGAGAAGGAGAGGGACCUUAUGCACAUCGCACACAUUGCUGAGCUGCUUGAGGUUUUUGACUUGCGCAUGAUGGUGGCCAAUAUCCUCAACAACGAGGCCUUCAUGAACCAGGAGAUCACCAAGGCCUUCCAUGUACGCCGGACGAAUCGGGUGAAAGAGUGCUUGGCCAAAGGCACCUUCUCAGAUGUCACCUUCAUCUUGGACGAUGGCACCAUCAGCGCCCAUAAGCCCCUGUUGAUUUCCAGCUGUGAUUGGAUGGCUGCCAUGUUUGGAGGGCCAUUUGUGGAGAGUUCCACCCGGGAGGUGGUAUUUCCAUACACGAGCAAGAGCUGCAUGAGGGCAGUGCUAGAAUACCUCUACACGGGCAUGUUCACCUCCAGCCCUGACCUGGACGACAUGAAGCUCAUCAUCCUGGCCAAUCGCCUCUGCCUGCCACACCUGGUUGCCCUCACAGAGCAGUACACAGUGACGGGGCUGAUGGAAGCAACCCAGAUGAUGGUGGACAUCGAUGGGGACGUUCUGGUGUUCUUGGAACUGGCUCAGUUCCACUGUGCGUACCAGCUGGCUGACUGGUGUCUUCACCACAUCUGCACUAACUACAACAACGUGUGCCGCAAGUUUCCCCGAGACAUGAAGGCCAUGUCUCCAGAAAACCAGGAGUAUUUCGAGAAGCACCGGUGGCCACCUGUGUGGUACCUGAAGGAGGAGGACCACUACCAGCGGGCACGGAAGGAGCGGGAGAAGGAGGACUACCUCCACCUGAAGCGGCAGCCCAAACGCCGAUGGCUCUUUUGGAACAGUCCCUCCUCACCCUCCUCUUCUGCUGCCUCCUCCUCAUCUCCCUCUUCUUCCUCAGCUGUGGUCUGACAGGCCUCUGCCCUGGAACCCCCGCUGCUGUUUCCCUACUUGCCCUGCCCCUCUGCUCCUCUGCAUCACCCAACCCUUCCAGGGACAAGGAGACCCAAGGGAACAGCGCCCUGUGGGCAGAGCUGGCCUUGCCAGCCAGCACGAGAGUGGCCGAGCCCUGUGGAUCCGGCUGCUCAGAUGUCCCAGAUCCGAAGUUGGGAUGAGAAGCCACAGGGAUGUGCAUGGGGAGGGUGAUCCAGCGUCUGGUCUCAGGGUGGGCACAGUGAGGGGCAUAGACUCAGGCUCAAAGAGGUCUGUGGGCAUCCCAGCAGGGGCCUCUCUCUCCUUACCUGGGACUCAGGGCAGAAGAGCUGCUCGCCUCAGUGCUCAGCCCAGCUUCCACCACGGUGCAACUGCCUGAGGCCAUUGGACAGGCUCACGUCAUGUCCCCUCAUCCCACCUGAGGGCUUCGGGCAUCCGGGGGCAGGCAGGGUGCCAGGCUGGCAGAAGAGAGAGCCUCUUCUGCAGUGGAAACUUCCCUCGUCCUUUCCUACUGGGCUGGGGGCCUGAGGACCAGGAGGCAGGUGUGAUGGGAAGCUGGGCAGCCUCCAAGCGAUUCCCUGCCUGAGCUCAGCAUGGCUUCUCACAGGGUGGGGCACAGUAGCAAAAACAAAACAAAAACCUGCACCCCCAAUCAGCAACAAAAAUACCAGCCUGGAGACCCCUCCCCUGUCCCAGGAAGAAACAGAAAGAGACCCCAUGGGAGGUCUUACUUUUUUGUUAAGCAGAGGGGCUGCCUUGGCCAUGAGGUAAUGGUGAGGUCUGGUCCCCGGUGCAUUUAGGGGUACUGUUGCCUGCUCUGGCUCUGUCUGCAAUGGGGCUGAGGCUUCAGAGCGAUGGGGAAUGAAGUCCACGAGGAGAAUUCCGGGCCUGCUUUCCCCUUCCUAGAGUGUGGCAGUGUUGGGGUGCCCAGAGGUCCACACGGGGCACCGAUUUGGAGGGCAGGAGCCCCUGUGAUGGGUUCAGAGCACACAGCUGCAUGUUGGCUGGUGUGGGAGAAAAGGAAAUGAGAAAUGGAAGCACUGGCCUGGAGCACACCCCAGGUGAGCACUGAGGCAGGGUUGAGUUGAGGAGGGGGUGUGACUCACAGGGCAUGGUGGGUCUUUAAGGACAUCUUCCUGCUUUCCAAUCUGGUCUACCCUUCACCUUUAGACCUAAGAGACUACUGGGAUGCUGCGGGGUCCUGGGCCCAGAACUCGGGUGACCCCACAAUUCAGAAAGCUGCUGAGGACUAGCCGGCUUAGACCCCAGAGUCUAAGGAGGGGCGAGUUGCUCUGCCACCGAAGUCUGGCUCUAGGACUGAAAUAGAGCAAAGCCGGAGACAGGAAACCUUUGCGACAGUUUUGUGGUGCCAGUGCCACGGUGACAAAGUGACCAGGUUGUGGGAAGCACAGACUGAGCCCGCCCAGGUUCCGCCCUGGGUUUCUGGCUGAGAAGCUGGGCUUGUGCUUCCCCCUGCUGGUCGAUCGGCCUCCUUCGGGCUGAGCUCAGCCCAGGCUUGGCUACAGCAGCCCAGGACAGGGCAUAGACAAAGUUGUGGGAGCGCCUGUGCUGUAGGUGUCCCAGGGACCCCUGGUGAAGAGGGGAGCCAGGACCUAAAGAGCAACGAGGAGAAAAAAGUCUGUCCUUGAUGGGGAGCCUGACAUGGAUGAUGCAGAAAGGCAGACUGGCCACACAGGACAGGGGCCCAGUACUACCCUGCACUCAAGGCCAGCUUGUCCCUCAGGGACCCACUGCCCCUUUCCCAAAAAUGCUGCCAGAGCCAGUCGACACCAGAUGGGAGCUCAACAGACUGUGAGAAGGGCACUGAGUCCAGUCCCCCAGGAGCCUGACCCUUGGGAGUUCAGGUCUCAGAAGGAACCCAUGAAGAGCAAAUCCGAGGCUGAAGGAGGACAGGAGGGAGCAAGGCACCCUUGCAAGACCCCCCUCCCCCUUGCGCUGGCCAGAAGUUGCUGUGGAGGGAGGAACAACCCACACCUCUUUUUAUAUAAGGUUUCAUAUUUAAUUUGGUCAUGAAUUCAUAAAUACAUGAGUAUUUUGUACCUAA